CUAUUAUCAAAUAUCACACGAAUCGAAUUCGAGCUUAGUAAUUAGGUGACGAGUUAAGCUCAAUCAAGAGAUUAUCAAAUAUCACACGAAUCGAACUCGAGCUCGGUAAUUAGGUGACGAGUUAAGCUCAAUCAAUAUGAUAAAAAUUAGAAUUCAAAUAUUUAAUCGGCUGAUAAUAUUCAUCUAUGCAAUGCAACUACUAGAUUUGUUAGAUGAUCUCGUACAUUUGAGAUUGGAAAAAUUGGAGUUUGGUUAGAAUUAUAAAGAAUAGAAAAAUGUUUCACCAACUACUAGAUUUGUUAGAAAAAUGAGAAUGAAGAGAUACAUUGAUCCAACAACCAGUCCUCCGCCGCCAACUACCCUUCACCACCUGCUCUUGCUCUUGAUGAUUAAUUACUAUAAUUUCAACACACACCCUUUUAAAUUUUUAAUCAUAUUUAUCGGUGACUAUAUUAGACUCUACCUCAAGUGGAGGCAAGCUCAUCCGCAGCAGCCAUGGCAGCUCUCCUCCUCGCCCCCGUCGCCGCCGUCCUCGCUGUCGUCCUCUACCAUAUCUACUACCGCCUCCGCUUCCGCCUCCCGCCGGGGCCGUUCCCGUGGCCGGUGGUGGGGAAUCUGUACGACAUCAAGCCCGUCCGCUUCCGCUGCUUCGCUGAGUGGGCUCAAUCCUACGGCCCGAUCCUCUCGGUCUGGUUCGGAUCCACCCUCAACGUCGUCGUUUCCAACUCCGAGCUGGCUAAGGAGGUGCUGAAGGAGAAGGACGGCCAGCUAGCCGACCGCCACCGCAGCCGCUCCGCUGUCAAGCUCAGCAGAGACGGCCAGGAUUUGAUUUGGGCGGACUACGGGCCGCACUACGUGAAGGUCAGGAAGGUCUGUACCGUGGUCCUCUUCUCCCCCAAGCGCCUCGAGCUGCUCCGCCCGAUUAGGGAAGAUGAGAUCACCGCCAUGGUUGAAUCCAUCUACAACGACUCCACUGCUUCUUCUGGCAAGAGCGUGGUGCUAAAGAAAUACCUUGCAUCAAUGGCGUUCCACAAUAUAACAAGGCUGGUAUUUGGGAAAAGGUUCGUGAAUUCGGAAGGGGCAGUGGACAAGCAAGGGCAGGAGUUCAAGGCCAUUGCUAUUAAUGGGCUGAAGCUGGGCGCUUCCCUAGCCAUGGCCGAGCACAUCCCCUGGCUCCGUUGGGCCUUCCCCCUCGACGAGGACGCCUUCACCCAGCACGGAGCUCGCAUGGAGCGCCUCACUCGAGAGAUCAUGCAAGAGCACACCCUUCUCCGCCAGAAAACCGGAGGCGCCAAGAACCACUUCUUCGACGCCCUCCUCACCCUCAAGGACGAGUACGACCUCAGCGAGGACACCAUCAUCGCCCUUCUUUGGGACAUGAUCGCGGCAGGAAUGGACACCCCUGCAAUAUCCGUGGAGUGGGCGAUGGCGGAGCUGGUGAGGAAUCCGAGGGUGCAACAGAAGGUGCAGGAGGAGCUGGACCGCGUGAUAGGCCGUGAUCGUGUGAUGACGGAAGUGGACAUCCCGAACCUGCCCUACUUGCAGUGUGUGGUGAAGGAGUCAUUGAGGUUGCACCCGCCCACCCCUCUCAUGCUCCCGCACCGCGCCAACACCAAUGUCAAGAUCGGUGGCUAUGACAUCCCCAAGGGCUCCAACGUGAACGUGAACGUGUGGGCUGUAGCACGCGACCCGGCAGUGUGGAAGAACCCGUUGGAGUUCAGGCCGGAGAGGUUCGUGGAGGAAGAUAUUGAUAUAAAGGGGCAUGAUUUCCGGGUUCUGCCGUUUGGUGCCGGGAGAAGAGUGUGCCCCGGGGCGCAGCUAGGGAUUGACCUCACGACGUCGAUGAUAGGCCAUCUGCUGCACCACUUCAGCUGGGCUCCUCCAGCCGGAAUGAGAACGGAGGAGAUCAACUUGGACGAGAAUCCAGGUACCGUCACCUACAUGAAGAAUCCGGUGGAGGCGCUUCCGACGCCAAGACUAGCGCCUCACUUGUACAAGCGCGUUGCUGUCGACACCAUUUGAGCUGUCUUCAUCAUGUUUUUUGCUGCCUUUUCGUCCUCUACAUUAGCUUUUGCCAAAAUGUUACACGACUAUUCUAUUGAAUUUUUCACUUGUUGCAGAAUAAGUUAUUGCUAGCUAUUUUGUAAGUGACAUGUAUGUUGUUUAAGAGUUUGAUUCAAACACCAAAGAAUUUAACUGAGAACCCAAUUCACGCCAUCAA